GUAGGCUUUACAAGGGUAAAAGGCAAUCAGCCUAUUAUGCUCCGCCCCUUAUUUUCGCAGCUUGGGCUGCGAAAGCUCUGGUGCCUAGCCUUAGCCAGUGGCCACUUGCAUCAGGGCUUGAACAAAUCCGAUUCGGUAGCCAGCCUUGCUUGCAUGGGCCGGUCUAGCUAUCUAGUAGCCAAACUGGGAAGACCAGCUUUCAUUUCCCUGCCUGUCGCUCAUCAAGGCCCUGAAGGAAGAGGACAGGACUUGCUUCUGUUAUUGCGGCCAGGGCAACGCAGACACAGCACGCCCCCGAUGCCCCACUGGGUUGAAUGGAUCUGGUACCAUCUAUUCAUUGCGGCAGCUUGUAGUAUACCAUGUAACAAUGCAACAUAGAGAGCCAACCGCAAUUAUCUGUAUGAUCGGCUUGCGAUGUGCCUUCUAUUCGUACAAUCAAUCGUCAGCACGCAGAUAUUUGUUUCACAAAAUGUCUUUCGGACCGAAACGGCCUUGCUCUCACCAAUGACGAAGCAUCGGAACC